AUGUUUGCGAUCACGCCAAGGCUGCUGGGUGUGGUUGACGCGGGCUUGAAGUGGACCGCGCGCGGCGUGACCCUCGUGCAGCUCGGCGACACUGUGGACCGCGGCCAUGACAGCCUGGGGGUGGUGGAGCUGUUUGAGCGGCUGGCUGGGGAAGCGGUCGCCCAUGGCAGCCGUGUGGUGGCCCUGCUGGGCAACCACUGCCUGAUGAACCUCCAGGGUGACCUGCGUUAUGUCAGCCCCCUGGAGCUCAUGAGGCUCGGGGCAGCAGCGGCCGCAGAGGACGCCCACAGCGACGCGGGCAGCGGAAGUCGCGGGGACGCGCCCGGCGGCGGCUCGAUGGAUGGCGGUGAUGGCGAGCAGCACGCUGCUCAGGCCGCCCCCCGCCACACGAGACCCCACCGCGGGGGCGCGGCGCGCUCGCCGCCGGCCGCCGGCGACCCCGAGGAGUGGCCGCACGCGCGGCGCGCGGCGGCCGCGGCGGCGGGGCUGGAUGAGUGGCGGCGGAGGCUGGGGCGCGGGCAGCUGCUGGGGGAUGCGCUGAGGGGCAGGGCGCUGGUGGCGGUGGAGGGGGAGGGCGCCUGCAAGAGCCUGUUCGUGCACGGAGGCCUGCUGCCGCGCAGCUUGAAGGAGCUGCUGCGUGCACUGGACGACUGGGAGGCGGACCAGCGCGAGGAGGGAGGUAGCGGAGGGCAGGAGCGGGCGGGGGCGGCAGCCGGGGCGGAAGCAGGGUCGCAGGGCGCCGCGACGGGGGCGCAGCGGCAGCUGCUGGGGGUGCAGCAGCAGCAGCAGCAGCAGCAGCAGCAGCAGCAGCAGCAGCAGCAGCAGCAGCAGCAGCACCUGCAGCAGGAGGAAGAGGCGGAGGCCCAUAAGCAGCAGCCGCAGAUGUCAGAGCAGCAGCAGGCACCCUUGCAACAGCAGCAGUCGCACGCAGAGGAGGCCCAGCAGCAGGCAGAGCAGCAGCAACAGGGCCACGAGGAGCAAUCAGGUACAACACGACACCUGGCGAACAGCCCACAACAGCAGGCCGGCAGCGGCGAGCCGCAAGAAGCGGCCGCCCCCUCGUGGCACUUGACCCCCGGCCGCUUGCGGCGCCUGAACUCGGCGGUCGGCCAGCUGCUGGGCAGCUGCGUGGCCGGCAGCUGCGCGUUCUCGCAGCCCGGCGCCACCCCUGCAGAGCGGCGGCUGGCGCAGGCCGUGGUCGGUGCAGGGGGCCCGGUCUGGGGCCGCGACCUGGCGCUGGGCCCAGAGGCUCAGGUGUGCGACGCAGUGGACCGCCUCCUCGCGGCCGCAGGCGGCGCGGCGCGCGUCGUCGUCGGGCACACUGUGCAGCGCGGCGGCCGCGCGCGCGCGCGCUGCCGGGGCCGCGUGGUGCUGCUGGACACGGGGAUGGCGUCAGAGAUGGCGGACGCCCCCGCGGCCGGCUGGAUCUGCGCGCACAGCGGCGGCGAGGGCGCCGGCAAGGGCGGCGAUGGCGGCGGCGGGGGCGGCGGAGAAGGGGACGGCGCCGAGCAGGCGCGGGAGGGCAGGCCGCGGCCGCGCUCGGCAGUGCUGUAUGCGGACGGCCGGGUGCAGGAGGUGUGA